AUGUCCCCAGAGGUGGAAACGGCCUGUGUUAAGGCCUUCAGGGACUUCCUCUUCCUCUCAGGGCAGGUGCAGCUGCCACAGCGGGACCGGCACCCUGACCCUGACAUGGAGGGGGGCAAGGGGCCCAGACUCAGAGACUUCCUGAAAGAGGAAGAGGAGGAAGAAGAGGAAAAGAGACCUCUUUGCCUAGAGAAGAGGUUCCUGCGUCUCAGCGAUGGGGCCCUGCUCCUCCGGGUGCUGGGCAUCAUCGCCCCCAGUGCUCGAGGGAGACCGCGGAUGGUGCGAAAACCCGAAUCUUGGCGAGUGUGGAACCUAAACCAUCUGUGGUGCAGACUGAGGGACUUUUACCAGGAGGAGCUGCAGCUGCUGAUCCUGUUGCCACCCCCUGACCUGCAGACGUUGGGGUUUGACCCUUUCUCAGAGGAGGCGGUGGAGGCACUGGAAGGCAUCCUGCGGCUAUUGUUGGGGGCGUCAGUGCAGUGUGAGCACCGGGAACUCUUCAUCCGCCACAUCCAGGGCCUCAGCCUCGAGGUCCAGAGUGAGCUGGCCGUUGCCAUCCAGGAGGUGACACAGCCUGGGGCUGGCAUGGUGCUGGCUCUGGCUGGGCCAGAGCCUGGAGAACUGGCGCUUCUGGAGCUGGAGGUGCUGUCCAGGAGCCUGAUGGGAACACUGUCGAAGUUGGCACGGGAGCGUGACCUGGAAGCCCAGAGGCUGGCCGAACUGCUGCUGGAGCGAGAGCCAGCCCCUCUGCCCUCUGAGGCUUCUACUAGGGCUCCUGCAGAGGGACCCUCGCACCAUCUGGCCCUGCAGCUGGCCAACACCAAGGCUCAACUUCGGCGCCUGCGGCAGGAGUUGGAGGAGAAGGCUGAGCUCCUGCUAGACUCCCAGGCGGAGGUGCAGGGUUUGGAGGCUGAAAUUCGAAGGCUCCGCCACGAGGCCCAGGCGCUCACCGGACAGGCCAAGCGAGCAGAGCUGUAUCGCGAGGAGGCAGAGGCGCUGCGGGAGCGCGCGGGCCGCCUGCCCCGCCUGCAGGAGGAGCUGCAGCGUUGCCGUGAGCGGCUGCAGGCUGCGGAGGCCUGUAAGGGCCAGCUGGCGGAGGAGCAGGCACUCUCAGGGGCUCUGGAGGCCUCCAAGGCACUGCUGGAAGAGCAGCUGGAGGCAGCCCGAGAUCGCUGUGCCCGGCUGCACGAGACCCAGCGUGAGAAUCUCUUGCUGAGGACCCGACUGGGCGAGGCCCAUGCGGAGCUGGACUCUCUGCGGCAUCAGGUGGACCAGCUGGUGGAAGAGAAUGUGGAGCUGGAGCUGGAACUUCAGCGAAGCCUGGAGCCACCUCCAGGCUCCCCUGGGGAAGCACCACUGCCAGGAGUGCCCACCUCACUGCAAGAUGAAGUGAGGGAGGCAGAGGCUGGGAGACUGCGGAGCCUAGAGAGGGAGAAUCAGGAGCUUCGAGGGCUGCUUCGGGUGCUUCAGGGGCAGCCAGGAGGCCAGCGCCCCCUGCUGGAGGAGCAGAGCGAGGUCCCCGUGCUUCCUGUCCUGGAUAAGACUCUCCUGCCUCCCCUGGCCUCAGAGCUUGGUCCCCAAAGUUUGCUCCACCAGGCAGGGCAUGGAGGCCUCCAGGCCUUGGAUCUUCCUCCCCCAGCAUCAGACUCAGGCCUCAAGAGGUUAUCUGAGUGUCCCCAGACAUGUGAUUCAGACUCACAGGUGACAGUGACAGAAAGGCCUCUCCAGAUGGCUACAAUGGCCCCUCAGUCCUCAGGCUUGACCCCCCAAGAGUCAGACCCUGUGGUGGAGACACAGGAGUUCCCUCUCCAGAUCCCCACCUCUGUGUUCCAAUGUCAGGGUCCAGAGAUCAAAAUUCAGGCCCAGCAGUUGCUGGGAGGAGAGACUGAAGGGAGAGAGUCUCCCCAAGGUGAAUUGGUGCCUAAGUCUUGGGGGCUGAGACCCUCAGAGUCCAGUCUCCAUGUGCAGCUGGAGGAGCAGGAAAGCCCAGGCCAGGGCCAGGGUCAAGAUCUUUCCAGAGGUCAAACAGGGGCCGAAAAGCAGGAACCGAGGCUGGAGGGGACAGUGCAGGACACAGCCUGGCAGCAAGCACAACAGAAGUUGAAGGAGGCUUCUGAGGCCCAGGCUUGGGGAGUGCCAACCCCAGGAAAGAUACAGGCCAGUGGUGUCCCAGAGGAGGAAGCCCUCAGGGAGGAGGUGGCACAGCUGAGGAGAGAGACUGAGGCCUUGGGAGCUGAGUUGGAGGCCCAGGCCCGAAGACUGGAGGCCCGCGGCAAAGAGACUGCCCGCCUGUCAGAGGAGCUGGCCCAAGCAAGGAGAGCAGAGGCUGAGGCUCACCGAGAGGCAGAGGCUCAGGCCCAGGAGCAGGCCCGGCUGCGGGAGGCAGUGGAGGCAGCUGGCCGGGAGCUGGAGGCUGCAUCACGGGAGCGGGAGGCCCUGGCAGAGGCGCUGGCAGCUGUAGGCCGCGAGCGGAGGCAGUGGGAACGCGAAGGGCCCAGGCUGCGGGCCCAGGCUGAGGCUGCUGAGCAACGGCUGCAGACCCUGGAGAGUGAGGGCCAGCAGUACCUGCAGGAGGCUGAGAAGGAGAAGCAGGCCCUCAGGGAGGAGCUCGAGAAGGCUGUGGUGCAGGGUAAGGUACUGGGAGCCCGGCUGGAGCAUCUGCAGCUUGAGCUGGAACAGGCGGCUCUGGAGCGCCAGGAAUUUCUUCAAGAACAGAAAAGCCAAAACCAAAGGUACCGGGGCUUGGAGCAGCGGCUGGAAGCCGAGCUGCAGGCGGCAGCUACCAGCAAGGAGGAGGCGCUGAUGGAGCUCAAGGCCAAGGCUCUACGGCUGGAAGAGGAGCUGUUCCAGCUACGCCAGGGCCCCUCGGGGCUAGGGGUCCAGGAGCAGGCCAACCCUCAGAUGGUGGAAACCCCGAACAUGCGGCUCAUUGAGGUGGAGCGCAGUAAUGCUACACUGGUGGCUGAGAAGACAGCUCUGCAGGGGCAGCUGCAGCACCUGGAGGGGCAACUAGGGAGCCUGCAGGGCCGUGCCCAAGAGCUGCUGCAGCAGAGUCAGAGGGCUCAGGAGCACAGUAGCCGGCUGCAGGCCGAGAAGUCUGUAUUGGAGGUACAGGGCAAGGAGCUGCACAGGAAGCUGGGGGUGUUGGAGGAGGAGGUGCAGGCAGCACGGAGAUCCCAGGAGGCGACUCGGGAGCAGCAGCAGGCCCUUCUGCGGGACCAUGAGGCCCUGGCACAACUACAGCGGCGGCAGGAGGCGGAGCUAGAGGGACUACUAGUGCGGCACCGAGAACUCAAGGCCAACAUGCGGGCGCUGGAGCUGGCCCACCGGGAACUGCAGGGCCGACACGAGCAGCUGCAGGCGCAGCGGGCCAACGUGGAGGUACAGGAGAUAGCCCUGCUGGCAGAGCGUGAGCGCCUGAUGCGGGACGGACACCGGCAGCGGGACCUGGAAGAGGAGUUACGGAGGCUGCAGAGUGAACAUGACAGGGCUCAGAUACUGCUGGCGGAAGUGUCUCGAGAGCGGGGUGAGCUGCAGGGUGAACGUGGGGAGCUGCGGGGCCGGCUGGCACGGCUGGAGUUGGAGCGGGCACAGCUGGAGAUGCAGAGCCAGCAGUUGCGUGAAUCCAACCAGCAGCUGGACCUGAGUGCCUGCCGGCUAACCACGCAGUGUGAGCUGCUGACACAGCUGCGGAGUGCCCAGGAAGAGGAGAACCGGCAGCUACUGGCUGAGGUACAGGCCCUGAGCCGAGAGAACAGGGAGCUCUUGGCGCACAGCCUGGAGAGCCGGGACCACUUGCACCGUGAGCAGCGCGAGUACCUGGACCAGCUAAAUGCCCUGCGCCGUGAAAAGCAGAAGCUUGUGGAGAAGAUCAUGGAUCAGUACCGUGUGCUGGAGCCUGGGCCCCUGCCCCGGACCAAGAAGGGCAGCUGGCUGGCAGACAAGGUGAAGAGGCUGAUGAGGCCCCGGCGGGAGGGGGGCCUCCAUGGGGGGCCACGCCCGGGGGCCGAUGGGGCUGGCAGCAUGGAGAGCCUGGGGGGCCCCCUGGAGACGGAGCUCCCUGAGGGCAGGGAGGCAGAUGGGACAGGGUCCCCUUCACCAGCACCCAUGCGCCGGGCCCAGAGCUCCCUCUGCCUGCAGGAUGAGACCCUUGCAGGGGGGCAGCGGCGGAAACUCAGCUCUAGGUUUCCUGUGGGGAGAAGCUCUGAGUCAUUCAGCCCUGGGGACACCCCCCGGCAGCGAUUCCGACAACGCCGUCCAGGUCCCCUGGGAGCACCCAGCUCCUAUGGCAAAGGACCUGGCGUGGCAUGGGAUGGCUCUGGCAAGACUCUCCAGGAACACAAAGCAGAUGCCAACCGAGAGGGCCUCGAGGUUCAGGAACCAGAGAAAUGUCCACUCACCCCUUCCCUCAGCCAGUGACACCACGGGGACAGGGGGAUUGGAAGUGAAGCCCUGUCGCCGCAGGAGCAUCAGUGGGGUCCCCAGGCAGCUCAAGAGCUUGGGGAACCAGAGUUCCCAAGGGGAGUCCUUGGACAAAGAGGUCUGGGUCUCAGGAUCCUCCAUGGCGAGCACUGGGGCCCUGAGAUGGAUCUGUGACAAGUUUGUGGACAGGGAGGAUGGCUGGCCCUCCACAUGUGGCUGUAGGCCAGGGCUCAGGCUCUGCUAUGGGGCCUCCACUGAGGAGGCCAUCUCUAAAGGAUCCU